AACCAUCUUAAGAAACGUGCGGAGAAAAAUGGUGCGCAAUUGUGGCAUCCCUGUCGUGGAUCACUUUAUAAAUGUCGGUCUACCAAAAAGUCGGUUGUCGGUUGAAUCAGUUUAAAUGUAUGGGACAGAGAAAUUACUUUUCUAAUUGAAUUGCCGUAGAACGUAGCACGAGAAUAACAUCAUGUACAUUAAACAGGUGAUUGUACAGGGGUUUAAAUCUUACCGUGAACAAACAGUAGUAGACCCCUUUGAUCCAAGACACAAUGUAGUAGUUGGAAGAAAUGGUUCUGGCAAGAGUAAUUUUUUUUAUGCAAUUCAAUUUGUUUUAAGUGAUGAAUUUUCUCAUCUCAGACCAGAACAGAGGCAGGCUUUAUUGCACGAAGGAACUGGACCAAGAGUUAUUUCUGCGCAUGUGGAAAUCGUAUUUGACAAUUCUGAUGGAAGAUUACCAAUAGAUAAAGAAGAAGUGUUUCUGAGAAGAGUGAUUGGCUCAAAAAAAGACCAGUAUUUCCUUAACAAAAAAAUAGUUACUAGAAACGAUGUUAUGAAUUUAUUAGAAUCGGCUGGUUUUUCAAGAUCGAAUCCAUAUUACAUUGUGAAGCAGGGAAAGAUAAAUCAAAUGGCAACAGCACCUGAUUCGCAAAGACUAAAAUUAUUAAGAGAAGUAGCUGGUACCAGAGUGUACGAUGACAGAAGAGAAGAGUCAAAAUUUAUUUUAAAAGAAACCGAAGGAAAACUGGAAAAAAUUCAAGACUUUUUACGAACAAUAGAGGAACGUCUGAAAACCUUGGAAGAAGAAAAGGAAGAACUUAAAGAGUACCAAUGUUGGGAUAAACAACGUCGCUGUUUGGAAUAUACAAUUCACCAGCGGGAGCUUACAGAAAAUAAAAGAAAGCUGGAAGAUCUUGAAAAGUCUAGGGCUAAUAGUGGCGCUGAACAAGCGCGAUUAGGUGCGGAAGCAAAAACAGCCCAGGAAAUGGUGAGAGCUGCAACAAAACGUCUUAAAGAAGCAAAGAAAGAAGUGCAAUCCGCAAAAGAAGAACGAGACACGCUUAGUGCUGAGCAACAACAAUUAUUAAAAGAGAGAACCAAAUUGAGUUUAACUAUCAAUGAUUUACUGGAAGAAGUAAAAGGAGAUAAUGAUAGUAGAAAGCGUGCUCAACAGGAAUUAGAGAAAUUAAAAGUAAACAUUGCAGCAAAGGAGGCAGAACUAGAAGUACUCAAGCCAGAAUAUGAAGAAAUGAAACGUUUGGAAGAGGAAUGUACACGUGAGUUACAAUUGAAAGAGCAAAAGCGAAAAGAAUUAUACGCCAAGCAGGGUCGUGGUAGCCAGUUUACUAGCAGGGACGAGAGGGAUAAAUGGAUACAAAACGAGCUUAAGCAACUUACCAAACAAAUUAAAGAUAAGGAAGAACACCAAAGAAAAAUUAGCGAGGACUUAAAAAAAGAUGCGGAGAAACAAAUUAUUUUAGAGAGAAAAAUUGAAGAACACACGCGCGAAAUGGAACAGCAACGGUCAUCGAUAGAUGAGCAUAAUAAACAAUACUAUGAAUUAACCAAAUUAAAGGACCAGUGUCAAGCUACUCGAAAAGAACAAUAUCGUCAAGAGAGCGUGUUGCAACUUAAUUUGUCAGGACUCAAAGAAGAUUUGGCAAAAGCAGAUCAAAGUUUACGGUCCAUGGCCGGAAAACCUAUUCUAAAUGGACGUGAUAGUGUACGGAAAGUGCUAGAUACAUUUCGAACACGUAGAGACAUGGCCCACGAAGUGAGUAGUUAUUAUGGGCCUGUGAUCGAGAACUUCAGUUGCGAGAAGAACUUUUACAUGGCUGUAGAAGUAACUGCUGGAAAUCGAUUGUUUCACCAUAUCGUGGAAACCGAUAAAUUCGGGACAAAAAUUUUGAAAGAAAUGAACAAUCAACGACUUCCAGGUGAAGUAACAUUUAUGCCUUUAAAUCGACUUCAUGUAAAAGAGAUAGAUUAUCCAAAAACUGGCGACGCUAUGCCUAUGAUCUCGAAAUUGGAAUACGACGAGAAGUAUGACAAAGCUUUGAGAUAUAUUUUUGGGAAAACAUUAAUUUGCCGUAAUUUAGAAACCGCGACAAAUCUAGCUCGCACUUCGGGUUUGGAUUGCGUGACCCUAGAAGGUGACCAAGUAUCGUCGAAAGGGUCGUUAACAGGUGGAUACUUUAAUACAGCAAGAUCACGUUUAGAAAUACAGAAAACCAGAUCGGAAUUAAUGUCGCAAAUUUCAUCCCUUGAAUCUCAGCUCGCAACCCUUAAAGACGAGAUCAGGAAGGCAGACCAAAAUAUCAGCUCCUAUGUUAGUGAAAUGCAAAAAACUGAAACUAAGAACAGUAAAGCUAAAGAUGUGUAUGAUAAAAUGAAGGCUGAAAUACGACUUAUGAAAGAAGAACUGAGCGCGAUAGCAAGAUACCGUACACCAAAAGAAAGAAGCCUUGCGCAAUGUACGUCGAGUUUAGAAGCUAUGCGAGCAACGAAAGAAGGUUUGGAGAGUGAAUUGCACCAGGAACUUAUGGCACAAUUAUCUGUUGCUGAUCAGCGUCAGGUCGAUACAUUGAACGACGAUAUAAGACGAUUAACAAAAGACAAUAAAGAGGCAUUUGCUAAACGUAUGCGACUAGAAGCUGAUAAAAAUAAAUUAGAAAAUUUAUUGACCAAUAAUUUAGUCAGAAGGAAAGAUGAAUUGGUUCAAGCUUUACAAGAGAUAUCUGUGGAAGAUCGACAACGUCAAUUAGAAUCAUCAAGAGCACAAUUAGCAGAUAUCGAAAAGAGACUAGCAAAAGUAAAUUCAGAUUUUAAAGCUCAGAAUGAAAGAGUCAGCAAUGCUAUAAAGAAGCAAAAAGCAGAGUCCACGGAAGGUGAAAAGUGGAAAGUUAAGGAAAAAGAAGCACAGGAGAAAAUAGAAGCUGAUGCUAAGGAUUUAGAAAAACUAGCCAGCAAAUCGAAUAUUUUGCAACAGAAAAUAGUAGAAUGUACUCAAAAGAUUACUGAACUCGGUGCACUGCCUAGUCAUGACGUGUACUCCAAAUUUAGUGUUAUGUCUACCAAACAGUUGUUCAAAGAAAUGGAAAAAGCGAACAAUCAUUUAAAAAAAUACAGUCAUGUAAAUAAAAAAGCGUUAGAUCAGUUCAUGUCGUUCAGCGAUCAAAAAGAGAAACUGGUAAAAAGGAAAGAAGAAUUGGAUAGAGGCGAUGAAAAAAUUAAGGAAUUGAUGUCAGUGCUCGAGCAACGAAAAUGUGAAGCAAUUCAAUUUACUUUUAAACAAGUAAGUAAAUAUUUCAGCGAGGUGUUCAAAAAACUUGUACCAUCAGGUCACGCACAAUUAGUUAUGAAGACAGCGGAUGGCGAGGAAGGAGACGACACAACGACAGAAUCAGCAGAUUCCGACAGAUUUAUUGGAGUUGGUAUACGGGUUUCUUUUACUGGUCAUAGAGCUGAAAUGAGAGAAAUGAAUCAACUAUCCGGUGGGCAGAAAUCACUGGUAGCGUUGGCGUUAAUAUUUGCAAUUCAAAAGUGUGACCCAGCACCUUUUUACUUGUUCGAUGAAAUCGAUCAAGCUCUAGACGCGCAACACAGGAAAGCUGUAGCAGACAUGAUCCACGAACUUAGUUCCGAUGCCCAAUUUAUCACGACAACAUUCAGACCAGAAUUACUACAACAUGCAAACAAAUUUUACGGCGUCAAAUUCAGAAAUAAAGUUUCCCACGUAGUGUGCGUAACGCGAGAAGAGGCAGCCGACUUUGUGGAAGACGACACGACGCACGGUUAAUUAUAGGACAUAGAUUAUUUAUAAAUCAUCGAACUGGAAAACGGUUAUUUUUAUUUAAACUAGCUGUUAUCAUAUUUGAAGUAACUUAUCUGUUGCUCUUAAUUGAGCAUUCUUAUACAAUCAUAUACAAAAUUUAUGUUAACGUUCCUGUUUUGGGGAACAAUGAACAAUAACUUUAAUUCAUCAUUAACGUUAGACGUCUAUGUUCUUUUGUAUUUUUUGUUUAAUUUUAGUGGUUGCAUACUGUAAAAAAAAAUUGACAAAUAUAUGAUUCAGCUACAUAAAUAAUUUAUUAGAGAUGUAAGUGGGCAAAGAAACUUCGUUUUAGUAACGGCUAUGUGAAAGUUUAUAUUUGUUUUUCCUGUUACAUUUAGAUACGAAUUACAAUACAUACAUUAUUUUAAGUCACUAAA